CUGGCCGUCCCGCCGCCGCCCGCGCUCCUGCCGCCGCUCCUGGCGGGGCUGAAGACGAAAACCUCGUUGAAGCGGCGCUGCAAGGACUGCUUCAUCGUCCGGCGGCGGGGCCGCCUCUACGUCUGCUGCAAGACCAACCCCCGGCACAAGCAGCGGAAGGCGUAG